GAUACCUUAUCGGAGGAUAAGUUUAAUUUUAACUGGAGAAAUAAAGAUGAUUGGAAUGCUUUCAGUUUACUACAGUCUUCUGUCAGGGAAGAUGUUGAAAGAUGUCGGGAUUAUAAAUUAAAAAUGGAAUUAUUGGGGAAGAUUUCUAAAAAAUGCAUCGAGUGUGAUUGUAUACUUAAUGAAUAUUUGAGUUUUGUCGAAAAUUAUAAAUAUAAUAUUUCUUGGCAAAAUAUGAAUACCAUUCAUCAAGAACAUAAUGAAAUGUUGCAACGUUUUAAGAAUGACUAUGUUUUAAAUAAUAACUUGGAUGAAAUACAAACUCAUUAUAAAUUUAUCUUAGAAAAACAUACCUCUCAUUGGAUAAAAGAAAUGAUUGAUAAUAUAAAUCUUAAAUAUCAAAAUACAAAAAUAAAAUUGGAAGAAAGAGUAAAGUUAAUUGAGGAAUAUAUUGAGCUUUAUCUUUUUGUAAGAUCAACUCACUAUCUAGCAGAAGAUUUUUCAAUAAAUAUGCAAGUUUUAAUAACACUUGCAAAUAUUGAUUCGAAGAAAGUUAAAGGGUAUAUUGAUACUCUUGAAACCAGUCAUACUGAAUUAAAAACGACCAAUUUACUUUUUUAUUCUAUCGCUGAUAAUUUUACAUCUGAAGGUAUUAUUUCAUACCAAAAACGUUUGGAAAACUUGGGUAUUAAUGGAUGUUUAAAACAUGAGAAACCUAUUUUAGAUGAACUUUUAGAUUACAUCGAUUCUAUUUCCUUAGAUGAUCAAAUAAGCUCAGACGUAAUCAUACAAAUGGCGGAUAAUCAGAUAAAUUUUGAUAUAUCAUCAUCAAUCGAUAAAGCAUUGGAAAAAUUCAAUUUAAAAAAUCAACAAAUUUUGGAUUCAAUAAACUCCCGAAAGAUGGAAAUGCAAGAAUUAAUAAAUCAAAGCAAAAAACAACUUUUUAGAGAAGGAAAAAUCGAUUUUUCUAUCCAGAACAUCGGGAAACGGCUUGAAAGUUUGAUUCAAAAAGUUAUAAAUCAAAUAUUGAACAACUGCCAAAAUACUAAAGAAUUAAUAACAUCAUUAAAGCAGUGGAAUUACUUCUUUGAACAAUUUAACGAUAUUUACAGGAAUAUUCAAUCAAAACUUGAAAUUUUUUCUACUCAUGCAAGAUACGUUGAAUCCUUAGCGAAAAAACAAAAUAAUUUUGACGACAUUCUUCAAAGCUACAAAGAACUGGAAUCAGUAAUUGAAAAUAUGAAAUUAACAUUUUCAAUUAUAUCAAUUUACAUCCCUGCUGACGCCAUUGAUCCAUACAAGAUCGAAUUAGAUGAUUGCAGUUUUCAAUGUUACCAAUUAUCACAACAAAUUGAUAACCAUUCAAAAAUUGUUAAUGAAUCUCUUUCACAACAAAUUUCGGUUAUGAUGAAAUUAUUAUUUAAAUAG